AUGUUCGAGCCAGGUCCUGGCCCAACAGCCAAAAUUUUUGCUAAGAACCUGGGCGAAGGGGCCUCUUCUUCUUCGCAGAUCCGCACAGCGAAAGCUGUUGCUGAAGAGCUUGGCGAAGCUGCAGCGAGUGAAUCUGGUGUUUUUGCUUGGGCAAAGGUCAGAACAAAAGAUAGUGAACGAGGUACGCAGCGCAUUGUUCGGAAGCAGCAAACAACCAUGCAAGUCCCCAUCACAGACCUUGAUGUUCUGGGGCAGAGGGUUGCUUGGAUCGAUCCGCAGGCCUGGCUUCAGUACAUUUUGGACCAUGGACUCCUGUACAUGUUGAGUGGUCUUAUACGAGGAACGACAUCGAACAGGUGA